AUGCCGCCGCGCAAUAUUCUUUCGGCGGAGUCCGCAGAGCAUCACAGCCCUUUUAGCCGGUCUUUCCAAUCCAGUUCGCCUAUCGCCGAAGCCGCAAUUGCUCGCGAUCUUGCGCAAUAUGCCGACGAGGAUUCGACUUCGAGCACCGAUGAAGCAUCCGAGGCCUCUACGGUCCGUCCAGCGGGCAGACGCCGUUCCAGCACAUAUGCGGGGACGAAUCCGCACUCGCUGACCGGGUCAUAUCGCCGCCCGAGCUACUUCACCAGCGUCAAUCAUGCUACCGUGCUUCCGUCUAAUGGGGACUACCAACCGCUAACGGAAGCUGAGCUUCAGCAGUCGAUUGCCGAAGAGCGAAGUCUGUUGAGUGAUAACCGAGUCAUUCCAGCGGAAGAACCGGAGGGAUUGCAACAUAAACUGAGCAAGCCUCUUCGGCACAGGGGGGGGCCCUCGAAGCAAUAUGGCACGAUUCGGAGCGCUGAUGGACGGGAUACCGAGACUACCGCACUAUUGGGACCAGAGGAGGACCAUGAAAUGGGACCAGAAGAGAUUGAUCGCAAGUGGGAGGAAGCUGUAACGGCCGGGUUGAUUAACACGACGUGGAAGCGGGAAACGGAGGUCAUUAUCAGAUACUCUGCUCCAUUGAUGGUCACUUUCCUGCUACAGUACUCGCUCACCGUAGCGAGUAUCUUCACGAUCGGCCAUCUGGGCAAGGAGGAACUGGGCGCCGUCAGUCUCGCUUCCAUGACGGUUUCAAUCACUGGUAACGCCGUAUACUCCGGGUUAGCUACGAGUCUGGAUACCCUCUGCGCCCAAGCUUACGGAUCGGGCAAGAAGAAGCUUGUCGGUCUACAAAUGCUUCGCAUGAUCUAUUUCCUUUUGGUCGUGACUUUCCCCAUCGCUACUCUGUGGUACUUCUCCGAGCAUAUUCUGGCCAAGAUCGUGCCGGAAAAGAGGGUUGCCGAAAUGGCAGGCUUGUACUUGAAGGUUGCGCUGUUUGGGUUACCCGGGUACGCUUGCUUUGAGAGUGGCAAGCGAUAUCUGCAGGCCCAGGGUGUCUUUUCUGCUUCUCUAUAUGUUCUGAUUAUCUGCGCACCGCUCAAUGCGUUUAUGAACUGGUUUUUCGUUUGGAAACUACAAUGGGGUUUCGUCGGUGCUCCUAUCGCCGUUGUCAUUACCGAGACUCUCCUCCCUAUCUGCCUGUUCGCAUAUAUCUAUUUCCGCGUUGGCUCUGAAUGCUGGUGCGGCUUUACAAGACGCGCCUUUGACAACUGGGGCCCUAUGAUCCGCCUUGCUCUCCCCGGUCUUAUCAUGGUUGAAGCAGAAUGUCUUGCAUUCGAGGUGCUGACCCUGGCUUCUAGCUAUCUGGGCACAUCCGAACUUGCUGCUCAAUCCAUUCUGUCCACCAUCUCUAGCAUCACUUGGCAGAUUCCCUUCCCACUGUCGAUUGCUGGUAGUACACGUGUUGCGAACCUGAUCGGUGCUUCGUUGGUCGGCGCCGCCAAGACAUCAGCUAAGGUUAGCUUCUGCGGAGCUACCGUUGUUGGCCUGUUCAACAUGAUUCUCCUGUCGAGCCUUCGAUCCUACAUUCCCAUGCUGUUCAGUUCCGACCCCGAAGUAAUCGACAUCGUCGCCGAGGUUCUUCCUCUGUGCGCUGCGUUCCAGCUUUUCGAUGCCCUUGCUGCCAAUUGCAACGGUAUUCUCCGCGGUCUAGGUCGCCAGGAGAUCGGUGGUUAUAUCCAACUGUUCUGUUACUAUGCUAUCGCUAUGCCCAUUAGUAUGGGUACAACAUUCUCAUUGGAUUGGGGUGUUAUGGGUCUCUGGACCGGUGUUGCCAUUGCUCUCUUGCUGGUUUCUGCUACCGAGGCUUUUUUCAUUAGCCGAAUCAGCUGGGAACGAUCCGUGGAAGAAGCCCAGCUACGGAAUGAGGUGAUCUAA